AUGAUCGUCCUCCGAGAGCACGCGAUCGGGAAGAUGCCUGAGUCCAGACGACAGAUCCGGAUGAUGACAGGAUGGAUCAUGAUGUUCACGAUCCCACUCACGGCUUACGGAUUCGGGAUCGUGACUCCGGCUCAGGAGCAGGAGUUCAUCUACUCGUGGUCCUGCAUCGUCGGACUGCUGGGACUGAUCGUGCUCAUGGCAUGCGUCGAUGCACUCAACUCGCUCCGGCUCGCGAAGGUCCAGCGCAAGGCACUCCGCGAUGAGAUAUUCAAGCUCAUGGAACAAUCGGAGCGGCUCUAUACGAUCGGGAUCAAUCAUCAGAAUCGGAAGUACGAUCGAGGGAUCGGUGUGACCACGCUGGAUCGUCCGGUGAUUUCCGUCGGGAAUCUCUCUACUGGUGGGACUGGAAAGACUCCCGUCGUUCAGCAUGUCGUCCGCACGCUGAUGGAGCAAGGACAUCACCCCGCGAUCGCGAUGCGUGGAUACAAGGCAAAGCCUGGUCAGUUGAGCGAUGAGGAACGAGAGCACUCGUCUGCUCUCGUAGGUGUUCCCAUAGUCGCUCAGCCGGAUCGAGCUUCUGGCUUGCAGGAGCUGUUUGCAAGCGAGCGUGGGGAACAGAUCGAUUGUGUUGUGCUCGAUGAUGGCUUUCAGCAUCGCAAGAUCGCACGGGACCUGGACAUCGUUUUAAUUGAUGCGUCACGACCACCAAGCCGUGAUGCGUUGCUGCCAUUGGGAUUUCUUCGUGAAAGUGCUGAGUCGCUCUCGCGUGCGGAUGUGAUUUUGAUCACGCACUCGGAGAUGGUUGAGCAAAGCGAGCUUGGUAUGCUGCGUGGGUGGAUUGAGUCGAACACCAAUCAUGAUCCCUUGGUGGUCGUCGGAGAGCACGCGUGGAGUUCUGUUGAUCAGCAUGAUCCUGAUGGUCAGAUCACAAGCUGUCCAGUUGAGAUACUCAAAGAUCAGCGGGUAGCAAUCUUGACUGGAAUUGGUCAUCCAGAGUCGUUUGCCGAGAUGGCUGUCUCAUCAGGAGCGCAUGUAUUGCAUCGAUGUGAUCGUCCGGAUCACGAAGAAUUUUCCAUUGCCGUGCUUGAACAGUUUGUGAGAGAUGCUCGAUCUGCGGACGCGAUCUUGAUGACCAUGAAGGAUUGGUGUCGGCUGGAAUCUUCGGGGAUCGGGGCAAAUUGGCAAAGUGGACUUCCAGUCUAUUUGCCGAGAUUGGACAUCAACUUCAGAAGCGCUGGUGAACAGUUUCAUCGUGCGUGUAUUGAAGCUGUUGCAUCCCGAUAA